CACGCCCGUUUCCCUCAUUUAGUUCCUUUAUUAUUGUGUGUGCCCGGCAAAAGAAAAAGUGUUAAGAUUAUUAGUAGUUACUCUUCUCUUAUGAAUUAAAGAAUCUUAUGCGUCAAUUUCAACUACACUGAGGCAUCAAGAGAAAGAUGGAGGGAAUAGAGCACAGAAUAGUGGAAGUAAACGGCAUCAAGAUGCAUAUAGCAGAAAAAGGAGAAGGCCCUGUGGUGCUGUUCCUCCAUGGCUUCCCGGAGCUUUGGUACUCCUGGCGCCACCAGAUUCUAGAUCUCAGCUCCAAAGGCUACCGCUGCGUCGCUCCCGAUCUCCGCGGCUACGGCGACACCGAUGCUCCACCUUCCAUCACAAGCUACACCAGUUUUCACAUUGUGGGUGACCUUGUUGCGCUUAUAAAAUGGCUGGGUGUUGAACAAGUGUUCUUGGUAGCACAUGAUAUGGGUGCCAUAAUGGGUUGGUACUUUUGCAUGUUUCGACCUGAAAUUAUCAAAGCCUAUGUAUGCCUUAGCGUCCCCUUUGUCCGAAGGAACUUCAAAGUUCCCACCGUUGAUGCCAUGCGUGCAAUUUAUGGAGAUGACUAUUAUAUCUGCAGAUUUCAGGAACCAGGAAAAAUGGAAGCAGAGAUGGGUGAAGUUGGGACUGAGUAUGUGUUGAAGAACAUCCUCACCACACGCAAGACGGGUCCUCCGAUCCUUCCCAAGGGUGAGUUUAGAACUGGCUUCAAUCCUGAUAUGAAAGAAGCAUUGCCAUCUUGGCUCUCACCGCAAGAUUUAGCUUAUUACGUCUCCAAAUUCGAAAGCACAGGCUUCACUGGUGGAUUGAAUUACUAUAGGAAUUUCAACUUAAAUUGGGAGCUUCAUGCACCAUGGAGUGGAGUGAAGAUCAAGGUGCCGGUGAAAUACAUUGCAGGUGAGUUAGACAUGGUAUACACCUCACUGGGGAUGAAAGAUUAUGUUCACGGUGGAGGUUUCAAAGAAGAUGUGCCAAAUUUGGAGGAAGUGAUUAUUCAAAAGGGUGUCGCUCACUUCAACAAUCAUGAAACAGCUGAGGAAAUCAGUAAUCACAUUUAUGACUUCAUAAAAAAAUUUUGAAUCGAUCUCCCCAAAGAAUUUGAAUAAUCUAUCUUCACCUAUCUCCUAAUUAUAUUACUCACCUAUGCUAUUUGGUUA